CUAGCUGUAGCGUGGCCCUUUCUCCUUCCUUUAAAAGGGAGCCUGAAAAGACAGAGGCAGCAGCAGCAAGAGUCCACAAUGGCCAACCAAAGGAGCGCGAUUGCUCAAUAUUUUGAUGGGAUUCUUGCUGCCAGUAAAGAGAAGGAGAAUGAUGAACUGCUGAUGACUUUCAAAGGAGUGCUGUAUCCUGGAGGCCUUUGCAGUCCUGAGACCUUUGAAGCGCUGGAAGCCCUGGAAGCCAGAAAGGAUGAUGUGCUCAUAGUUGCUUAUCCAAAAUGUGGCACUAACUGGAUGCUACAUAUUCUGAAUGAAAUGGUAGCUGCUACUCAGGACAACAAGGAUUUACCACCACUACCUGGCCGCUUCCAAAUGCUUGAAUUUGGACCCCCAGAAAAAGUUCAUAACUUAAAAAACGAUCCCUCGCCACGUGUUUUUGUUACUCACCUCCUUCAUGAUAACCUCCCCAAGUCUUUCUUUGAGAAAAAGACAAAAAUACUGGUGGUAUUUCGGAAUCCCAAAGAUGCAGCUGUAUCCUACUUCCAUUUCUACAACAAGAAUCCUCUGCUUCCAAAUAUCACCUCAUGGGAUGAAUUCUUUCAGAAGUUCAUGAGUGGUGAAGUUUGUUUCAAGUCCUAUUUCGACCAUGCUCUUGUUUGGGACAAACACAUAGAUGAUGAAAAUAUUAAGAUCAUCACAUUUGAAGACAUGAAAGAAAACCUUUAUGAAGGAGUGAAACAAAUAGCUGAGUUUUAUGAGUUUUCCUUGCCUGAUGAGACAAUUCAGUCUAUUACAGAGAAAGCCACAUUUCAAGAAAUGAGCAACAAAUCCAGUGAAACCCAUGGUUCAUUUGCUCCAGUCCUUUUCAGGAAAGGUGCAGUGGGUGACUGGAAGACAUUGUUCACUGAAGCUCAGAGCAAGGAAAUGGAUGCAAAAUUUGAAGAGUGUUUAGCAGGGACUAAACUGGGUGCUAUGCUGAAAUAUGAUAAACACUGCACAUUUUAAAUUUUGCAACAUCAACAGUGCCAUCCUUACAAUGUAAGUCUGCUCAGAAUGGCACCGCAAAAGCAUGGUAUCAUGCUUAUUAGUAAUCCAUUUUCUAAAUGAGAAUACAGUAAUUAAAAUGGUACAGAUGUCUACACACAGAAAAAAUUAACACACACACACAGACACUUUUUUGUUUCAAAGUCAUGAAUCUAAAUUAUUAAUACUUUAAAUGGGAGGAAUUUAGAGGUUCACAUGUAUGUGUUAUGAAAAAAUUCCAGAGCAGCAUUUCCUGGAUUUUGUUCUUUGUGUGUCCAUGUCCUACUGUAAAGAUACAAAACUAAUUUUAACCUCUACAAAUGCUACUUUUCCAUCUUGCUGUACAUUCUGCUGAACUAGUUUUUUAAAAUAAUUUUUAUUUUAUUUUCAACAACAAUAAUAAAACAGUAAUUCAAUCAAGAAUAACAGAGUACGCAACAACAAUAUAACAAAAAUAAACUCACAACUUAUAUGAACAGUAAUAUAUAAGAGGUGCAAAGCUUAGGAAAAGUCAAUGCAUGUAGAUACCAUAUACCAUAUGUCCUUAGGAGAACAUGUAAUUGUGAUACUGUUUAUUAAAAAAAAUAUUAC